UGGCUCGAGCCGCUCUGGCUUGAAGAGAAGACUCGCUGCAGGCGCGCUCCGAGCCACGGCGAUCUCUACCGGCCCUGCGGCCAUGGCACCGCGCCGCCCCGGCCGCGCCCUCCUGGCCGUCGCGGCCGCGGCGUCCGCCGCAUGGGCGGUCCGCACCACGUUCGUGCCUUCGCCACAGGCCUCGCGGGCCAUGGGCGAGCUCCGCCCCGUGCUCGCCGUGAGCGCCGCGCUGCCGGCGCUGACGCUGCUGGCCGAGGACGCGGAGGCCAAGUACGGCGACCAGAGGAAGUGGCAUUCCGUCUUGGUGCCGCUGACCACCCUGAUCGUCCCUGGCAUCGCGUUCGCGGCCUUCCUGCUCUACACCUUCUCCGACGACUUCGCCUGGCAGCUCAACCCGAACGCGCCGAAGAACAUCGAGAAGCAGGCCCAGUACGACAUGGUCCCCGCCUGGAAGAACCGCAGCGAUCCUUUCAGGGGUCUGUUGAACAAGGAUGACUUCGAGAAGGGCCUGGAGGAGGCCUGGGAGAAGGCCAAGCCGGCGGGCAGCACCGUCACGGUUAAGCAGAAGCUGGCCGAGAUGUCCACCCAGAACAACCCCCAUUUUAUGGAGAACAAGCUGGCGAAGCUGAGGAUGAAGGCGAGGGCGGCGCUGUCCGCCUGAUUCAAGGCAGGGGGGAGGAGAUGGAGGAGGUGAUUCUAGAAGCCUGCGCGCGAGCAUGGAUUCUCGAUGUCGUCGACGCCGCUCACAGAGGCGACUGAUGGAAACACCAGGUGGGGCGCCCUCCGCUACGGCGUCGGGCGCCAGCCGACAGGCCCCCGGCCCCGAGGAAGCGAGGGUCCGCGGGCAUUGCUCGUGAACUAUGAAGGCCGCGCCGCGGGGCUCGGCUGGCCAGGCGCUCCGAUUGAGCCAGGCAUGAAAGGAG